AUGGCUUCCAACACCCCCAUGGAAGAUGUGAUGCGCGACAAGAUCGCCCACGCUUUCACUCCUGCGACUCUUGUCAUUCGCAAUGACUCCCAUCUACAUGCACACCAUGCCGCUAUGCAAGGAGCGACGUCGAAAGAGACACAUUUCCAUGUUACGAUUACCUCCGCUGCCUUUGAGUCGAAAAUGCAACCUGCCCGACACCGUAUGGUAUACGCUUUAUUGAAGGACGAAAUGAGUCGUGAGGGUGGAAUUCAUGCGUUGCAAUUGAAGACGAAGACCCCAGCAGAGGAGCAGCGUGAGGCUGAAAAGAAGGCCCAGGCUUGA